GCUGCUGCAACAACCUCGGAGCCACUGAUCGCAUCUCCAGAUCCGACCCCAAGCCCGACGCAAGCGCUGACGGCAACGCCGACGACGCCACCAACUCCGUCUUCGCCAUCUACCACCUGCGCGCAGCAUCAGUGGUACAAUUCUGGAUCACAGACUUGUGA